AUGGCUCCACCAACUCGAGACUUGUGCACGGUGGGAUGGAUCGCUCCUAUGUCGUUGGAACUGGCCCCGGGUCGUGCAAUGCUCGAAGACUGCCAAAGAGUUUCUGCCGGGGGCAAAUAUUACGAUGUUGGACGCCUAAGCGGGCACUGGGUUGUCAUGAUUGUUUGUUCUCGAAUUGGCAAUAGUUCGGCUACUAUGGCUGUCGCUGAUAUGCGCCAUUGGUUUCCAAACAUUAAACACAUCCUGGUAGUUGGAAUAGCAGGAGGACAGCCCUGCUAUGGUACCGGUGGAAAGGAGCAGAUUGUUCUAGGCGACGUUGUCGUCGGUGUCCCACGAGGAAGCGAAGGAGGAGUUGCACACUACGAAUGCGGAGCGUGGGAAGCAGCAGACCUAUUCUCUGCCAGCGGACACACUCUGCACCCAUCAGACGAUCUUCUCACAGCCGUUAACACCCUUCAAGGCGACUACAUACGGUCAGGAUCCGAGAUCCCAAGAUUCCUGGUUGAGCUACGAGCAAAGCUAGAGCUAGACGAGCAGGCAGAGUAUAAUGACCAAGGGGCGGAUAAUGAUUUUCUCUUCCCAGACACGUAUCGUCAUUCGAAUCGCGACAUGGAUUGCGAAGGGCUUUGCGAUUUUACAGCGGCGAAGAAACGAGCGGAUCGAGGCAUAAAGGCCCAGCGAAAGGAAAACUCACCCCGUAUUCAUUACGGUAACAUUGCAUCAGGAAAUGCCCUCAUCAUAUCAAGCGAGAAACGGAAUGCAUUCUAUGAAAAAUAUCAAGUUUUAUGCUUUGAGAUGGAAUCUGCUGGUGUGAUGCACCACAACCAAGCACUGGUCAUCCGAGGUAUCUGCGAUUACGCGGAUUCGCACAAGAAUAAGAGAUGGCAGAAAUAUGCCGCUGCUACAGCGGCAGCAUACGCAAAGGAGGUCCUACUACUUGUACCACCAGCUGAAACAAGCAAUAGAGGUGAGCCUGCCCAGAUCGUUGCCAGGUGUCAUUUUCUAGUACCAUUUGGCAGGAACCAGGAAUUUGUUGGUAGGACGGAAAUUCUGUCACAGCUUCAGGAAAGGAUUUGGCCAGGCAAAAAUAAGGACGAUUGUCAGAGAACCGCCGUCGAAGGCCUUGGGGGGGUCGGCAAGACGCAGAUCGCGCUAGAGGCUGUUUACCGUGUUCAUAAAGAGCACCCGGACUGCUCUAUUUUCUGGGUUCCGGCCGUGGACGUAAACACCUUUGAAAACGCAUACCGCGAUAUCGGCAGACAGAUGAAGAUUGCGGGCAUUGACGAAGACAAAGCUGACGUUAAGCAACUUGUUAAAACUGCGCUAAGUGACGACAGCAGUGGCAGCUGGCUCUUGGUUGUCGAUAAUGCCGAUGAUAUUACGUUGCUCUUUGGCGUCACUAGACUGUCAGACUACCUCCCAUUUAGUCGAAAUGGCUCGAUUCUGUUUACAACGCGGAAUCACGAGGCGGCCGUGAAGCUUGUUGUUCAUAAUAGCGGCAUUGUCCCCGUACUAGAAAUGGACAGGAGCGAAGCCUUCGAUCUGCUACGGAAAGGGUUGAACGAAAGCCAGAUCAGCGACACGAAAAGCACUAAGAGGCUACUUGAUUUUCUAGCUUACCUGCCGCUGGCAAUCAGGCAGGCAUCCGCAUAUAUGGCCAAGAAACAGAUAUCAACUUCAGAGUACCUCGAGCUUUUGGCCACAACAUGGCUUAUUUCGUUUAACCACAUCUCAAAGCACGAUCCGCUGGCGGCGGAGUACCUAAAGUUCAUGAGUCUUCUGGCGGAGAAAGACAUCCCGAAGUCGCUUUUACCUACAGCUAGGAAAAUAGAGGCCUUGGAGGCAAUCGGCACGCUGAAGGCAUAUGCAUUUAUUACGCAACGUGAAGGACAAGAUUCAUUUGACAUGCACCGGCUUGUGCGUCUGGCGAUGCAAAACUGGCUAAAGAACGAGGGACUGAAGAGUUGUGUAUCAUCUGCGAUACAGCAGCUUGAUCAAGCAUUUCCCUUUCCGGAGCAUGAGAACAGGGACAUGUGGAUGAAAUAUCUACCGCACGCACGAGCCGCGCUAGAGUUUCGGGAACACCUUGAAGGUGGGAAGGUGGACGCUAGCCUUUUGUAUAACGUGGCCCAAAGUUAUUCUUUACUAGGACAAUAUCAGAAGGCAGAGCAGAUGUAUCGGCAGACACUGCAGCUUCAUGAGAAGGUGCUAGGCAAGAGCCAUCCGGACACACUUUCCAGCAUGAAUAACCUAGCAGAGGUGCUCUCGGAUCUAGGGAAGUAUAAGGAGGCUAAGCAGAUGCAUUGGCAGACACUCCAGCUAAAGGAGAAGGUGCUAGGCAAAGAGCAUCCGUCCACACUUAACAGCAUGAAUAACCUCGCAGGGGUGCUCUUAAAUCUGGGGAAGUCUAAGGAGGCCGAGCAAAUGCAGCGGCAGGAAUGGAAGUUAACGGAGAAGGUUCUAGGCAAAGAGCAUCCGUCCACACUUAUCAGCAUGAACAACGUCGCACUUGUGCUCUCAGAUCUGGGGAAGUAUGAGGAGGCCGAGCAAAUGCAUCGGCAGGAAUGGAAGUUAACGGAGAAGGUUCUAGGCAAAGAGCACCCGUCCACACUGAUAAGCAUGGACAACCUCGCACUUGUACUUAAGAAACUGGGGAAGUAUAAGGUGGCCGAGCAGAUGCAUCGGCAGACACUCCAGCUGUACGAGAAGGUGCUAGGCAAAGAGCAUCCGUCCACACUUAACAGCAUGAAUAACCUAGCAGAGGUGCUCUCGGAUCUGGGGAAGUAUAAGGAGGCUAAGCAGAUGCAUUGGCAGACACUCCAGCUAAAGGAGAAGGUGCUAGGCAAAGAGCAUCCAGACACACUUUCCAGCAUGAAUAACCUCGCAAAUAUGCUCUCAAAGCUAGGGAGGUAUAAGGAGGCCGAGCAGAUGCAUCGGCAGACACUCCUGCUAAUAGAGAAGGUUCUAGGCAAAGACCACCCGUCUACGCGAACAAGUCAAAGGAAUCUCGAUGACUGCUUAAGAGUGAAGAGAUAG